UAUCCAUACCCACAUUUCAUUGCACACAAAAUUCCUACACAUAAGACACAUACGUAUAUAUCAGUUUCAUCUAUAGAGAUUUUAUAUAUAUAGAUAAUUAUAUUAAAUAUCAAUAUCAUAGAUAAAAUAAAAAUGAGCUCGAACACGAAUUCUGAGUGGACAGAAAAGCAGAACAAGCAUUUUGAGGAUGCGUUGGCAACCUACAAUAAGGACUCGCCGGAGUGGUGGCAGAAUCUGGCCAGGGCGGUUGGAGGGAAAACCGUGGAGGAGGUCAAGCGGCACUACCGCAGCCUCCUCCGUGAUAUCGACCAAAUCGAAAACGGCAAGGUUCCUGUGCCUAACUACAGAGACACCACCAAUGGCAGACGUAUGUGAGGUAAUACCCCUGUGUGCAAUUCACUCAAUGUAGCAUUGACAAGACUGUAAAGCUCCAAUGAAGCAAAAAAGCCGACGCAUAGCUCAAACGGGUUCCGUUUUGCUUUGGCUCUUUCUAAAGGAAUAUUCAUAAAACAAGAAAUAAAAUUGUAGAAAAGGGCACUACCGGUUCGUGUGUGUCGUGAACCAAACUAGAAUUCUGGAUAUCAAAUUUCAUCAUGCCGCAAUAUUGUUGUACAUUCUUAAUAUUCAACGACGUAAUCCCACAUCGUCUUUUUU